AUGGCCCUCCAGGCUCGCACCUCAUACCGCUUCAGCACCUACAGCAUGGCCGCGCCGUCGGUCGCCAUGUCUGUCCAAACCAACGACUCGCAGCACGCCGAAAUCCGCGAGAUCGCCACCGGCCUGGACCGCAUGGAGAACAAGGCCCUGACCUCGCAGCGCGUCACCCUGUCCGAGGAGAAGUACGAGAAGAUGAGCAAGCUGGCCCUCGGCGCCAAGCUGGAGCGCGCCCUCGACCGGCGCAUGAGCGGCCAGGACGCCGUCAUGCGACCCCGGAGGAAGACGACGUCCGCGGUUGAGAAGAGCUUCAGCGAGAAGGCGCAGUAG